AUGUAUCAAGAACCUAAUGGUGUAACUGUUACAAAUAAUCGAUGUAAUAGAAAUGAUACCGUUGCGUAUAAUAUCGCAGAAUAUUCUUUAUUAACUAUCAACACCAAUGCUAUUUUUCCAAAUGGAUUGAUCAAUAAUUUUUCUAUUAUCGUUGUUGCUAAAACUAAAAUUGAUUAUCCCAUGGCAACAGUGUUUUCAAUUUACGACGAUGGUGGUCAGGAACAAAUGAUUUUAUCAUUGGGCAAAGACGUAACAUUUUUUUACGAUACUUCAGACAACGUUAACGAAGACACGGUAGAACCGAUAUCAUUCGGUACAGAUAUUUCCGAUGGUAAAUGGCAUCGUUUGAGCAUAAGCGUUAAAGGAAAUGCAAUAACAUUAUUGUUAGAUUGCAAAAUAGAAAUAACGAAAGAAUUCAAAAGAAAUCUUUCGGAUAGCAUUAACGUAAAUGGUAUCGUAAUCAUUGGUCAACAACUUAUGGAAGAGAAAAUAUCUUUGGGAGGAUUGGAAAUGUUGAAGAUUGCACCAAUACCGGAUGCUGCGUACGAACUUUGUACGAUAUUUGCACCAGAUUGUAAAGAAAAAGAUGAAACUAAAUCUAUGAAUAUAUUAUCUACAUAUGAUAAACAAUUUAAUUACGAUGAUUCUGAUGAUAUAGAAGAUAUCGAGAGAGAUAAUUCUAACGAAGAUGAUAUAAAAGCAUCCCCAUUACGAUACAUUCCUACAAAUUAUACAUUUAUUUUAAGACCAACUAUAGGAACAAAUGAACAAUCUUUUAUACAAACGUACGAUACUACAAAUGAAGUAACUACGACGCAGAGUAGUUACACAAGUGAAACAUUUACAACGGAAGAAAAUAUUUAUCCAACGAUUGGAUCAUUUAAUGUAACAUCAAGUUCUAAUUCAAACGAGGAUUCUUAUUACAAAUAUUACAAUGUUCGUGGAUCACCAGGACCUAGAGGUUAUCCGGGUCCACCAGGAAUGGCUGGUCCACCUGGGAAAAAAGGAGAACCUGGAAAAGAUGGAUUGUCAGGUUUACAGGGUAUACCUGGUCCACCUGGUCACGUGUUUAUGAUACCAUCGAUAGGAAUAAAUCAACAAGGAAAUGAAAAAGGUCCUGAUUCUCAGACAGAAGUUUUGAAACAAGUAUUAUCGCAAUACGUUGUAGCAAUGAGAGGUAGCGAAGGUCCAAUGGGAUUGACUGGUAUUCCUGGUUCGGAUGGGCCUCCUGGACCACAAGGACAAAAAGGAGAACCAGGUGACGUAGGUGAACCUGGACCUAGAGGAGAAAGAGGAAUACCUGGGAAUACUGGUAGAGAAGGUAGAAGAGGAAGACCUGGAAGAGAUGGAGAACGUGGUCCUACUGGACCACCUGGUAUAAAGGGUGAACAAGGUCCACCUGGAUUACCAGGUUUACCAGGAGAUAAAGGUGAGAGAGGACCUCCAGGAGCAGUUGGUGAGCCAGGAUUACCGGGUCAUGAAGGAAUGCAGGGUGACGAUGGACCUCCUGGUCUACCAGGAUUACCUGGUGAAUUGGGACCGAGAGGUUUUAUUGGGCCACGUGGUUUCCCGGGAAUGCCAGGAAAUCCUGGAAUACCUGGAGGCGAAGGUUCUCCCGGUGCAAAAGGAAAUACUGGAUCACCGGGUCCUCCUGGAUCACUUGGUCCACCUGGACCUGUAGGACCUAUCGGUCCACCUGGUCCUCAAGGACCUUUAGGACCAACUGGACUAGCUGGACCACAAGGAAAACCUGGUAUACCAGGUCUUCCAGGAGCAGAUGGUCAUCCAGGAAAUCCAGGUAAUCCUGGAGUUCCUGGUUUAAAAGGUGAACAAGGUAUAAUGGGUCCACAAGGAUCUAUAGGAUUUCCUGGCGUACGUGGUCCAAAAGGAGACGAUGGUAUACGAGGAUUACCAGGUGAUCGAGGUGAAAAAGGUGAUAGAGGAAUUGAUGGUGAAAAAGGAGAUCCAGGUAUGAAAGGAGAAAGAGGACAACCAGGGCCACAAGGACCUCCUGGAAUUGAAGGUACGGAAGGACCAAAAGGAUUUGAAGGUGUUCGCGGUGAACAGGGUCCGGUUGGAUUACCUGGAGAAAAAGGUAAAAUAGGUGUACCUGGUUUUGCUGGAUAUCCAGGGAAUCCUGGUGAGAAGGGUGAUAAGGGUCAGAUUGGAAGAGAAGGGGCAAAUGGCGAGAAGGGGGAAAGGGGAAAUAAUGGUUUACAAGGUGAUCGUGGCGAGUUAGGUCCCAGAGGUUUCAGAGGUGUUCGUGGUAGAAGAGGUUCCGAAGGAUUACCAGGUCCAAAAGGUGAUACUGGUCAACCAGGGCCUCCAGGAUCACCGGGAGAACCUGGAUCACCAGGAAUAGAAGGUCCACGUGGAUUUGUAGGACCACCGGGACAAAUUGGACUUGAUGGAAAAGAUGGUAUUCCCGGUCUUCCGGGAGAACGUGGACCAAUUGGUGAGUCCGGUCCCCUAGGACAAAUUGGAUCUCCUGGUGUGAUUGGUCCACAAGGUUCACCUGGAGAACCUGGUCAGCCGGGUGAGCCUGGUAUUCCUGGUAGUCCUGGAGUACCAGGUGAAAUAGGUACAUCAGGUGAGCAAGGCAAAGAAGGCCCACCUGGUCCUCAAGGAUUACCUGGAAAAGAAGGGCCGCCUGGUCCUACAGGAUUGCCUGGAUUUCCUGGUGAAAGAGGAUUGCCUGGAUUGCCGGGUACACCUGGAUUGAAAGGAGAAAUGGGACCUAUUGGUUUCCCGGGACCAUCUGGAGAUAAAGGAGCUCAAGGAGAACCUGGAAAAGAUGGAGCUAUAGGUCCGGAAGGUAGACAAGGCCCUAAAGGACCCCUUGGUCCUCCUGGUUUAAAAGGCGAAAGGGGUGAAGCUGGCUUACCAGGGCCGAUUGGUAGAGAUGGUUUACCAGGACAACGAGGAUUACCAGGUCCUCCUGGUCCAGUUGGUGUUCCAGGAGAAGAUGGUGAUAAAGGAGAUAUUGGGCCACCCGGUGAAAAAGGUUUUAAAGGUUCUCAAGGUUCAACUGGUCCAGUAGGGCCACCAGGACUUCAAGGGCCACGAGGAGAGCCAGGUCUUGUAGGAGUAACGGGUGAAAAAGGACCGCCUGGUGAAAUAGGUAGACAAGGAAUGAAAGGUGAAGAUGGCCCAAUUGGUGUACCUGGUCCUGCAGGACCCGUAGGGCUACAAGGUCUUCCUGGUCCACCAGGAUCAAAAGGAGAGAUUGGAGACACGGGACCAAUAGGACCUGCUGGUCCAGCAGGCAGUCCAGGAGAACCAGGGGAAAAAGGGCCGAGAGGUGCAGACGGUUUACCAGGUUUACAAGGUCUCGAAGGUCGUCAAGGAGAGAAAGGAGAUAGCGGUUUACCUGGACUUCCAGGAGUAGCUGGUGCUGAUGGGAAUACGGGAGAACAAGGUCUUCCGGGACAAAAAGGAGAAGAAGGAAAAGCAGGUUCACCUGGUCCUCCUGGAAAUCGUGGCCCUGUUGGACCGGAAGGACCGAAAGGAAAUGUUGGUUCUCCUGGUUUUCCUGGGCCUCCAGGCGAGCCAGGUUUAUUAGGCCCCAAAGGUGAACCCGGUAAAGAUGGGGACGAUGGUGGACCGGGAGAACCUGGGCCUCCAGGCGAAAUUGGGCCAACUGGAAAAGAAGGUUUACCUGGUACACAAGGAAGACCGGGUCCAGAAGGACCAGCAGGAAUGCAAGGUAAUACAGGUUUGCCAGGAGAUAAAGGUGAAAUUGGACCACCGGGUAUCCCAGGAUCUCAAGGACGACCAGGAGCAGAAGGCCAGCCAGGUCCUCCAGGAUUACCUGGUGUAAGAGGAUUGGCAGGUUCUGCGGGAGAAACUGGACCACCAGGAAUUCCAGGAGCUGUUGGGUUACCUGGAAAAGUUGGUCCUGAAGGACCAAGAGGUUUUAAAGGUGAUAGAGGUCGAAGAGGUAUAAAAGGACAUCGAGGUGAUAUUGGUCCAAUUGGAAUGAAAGGUGAUCAGGGAGAAAAGGGUGAAAAAGGAACACGUGGUAGUACCGGACCAGAAGGUCCUAAAGGAAAUACAGGGCCUAUCGGUUUAAUUGGUUUGAAAGGGAACGAUGGACCACCAGGUUUACCUGGUUUAGAAGGACCACCAGGACCCAAAGGUCACACUGGUAAUGACGGAUCAAAAGGUGAUGUAGGACCACCAGGUCCACCUGGUCCACCUGGUCCUCCAGCGGAACAACCUAUGAUUCCACCUGAAUUAUUAUUCACUCAGUCACACUUAUAUAAAAGGAAACGAGAAAUUUCGGAAGACACAAAAAAAGAUAACGAGAAGGAGAAUGACUUAAACAAAGAGGAAAUAGAAAAUGAUGAUGAUAAUGAAUUAGGAACGAAAUUUUUAGACGUAUAUACUUCUAUCUAUAGUAUGCGACAAGAAUUGGAUCGAAUGAGAAAACCAACUGGUACUAGAGAAAAUCCUGUUAGAACUUGUAAAGAUUUGUUUUAUGGUCAUCCACAUUUCAAUGAUGGUUUGUAUUAUAGAUCUUUUCUCUCUUUUUUUGAAAUGAAAACUUCUUUAGAAUAAGUGUGAUUUGAAAAAAUGAAACGCGGUGAUGUAGUGGGAAAAUAAAACCGAGAU